AUGGAAAUCGAAAAGGGAAGUGAGAGGACGACGCAGUUGUCACUUAAGAGAAAGCCGCUUUUAGACACCACCAAUCUUAUUCCCGCCACCAUCUUUCCCAAGCUAUCGUCAACGCUGUCCGAGAAGCCGCAAAUUCUAAGUCCAAUUUGUGAAGAAUUUCCGCAAUCAAGUUCAAAACUGACUUCAGAAUCCUCCAAUGUCCCUACAUCAAAAGCUCAUUGCAACUCAUCUGCAUCAAAUACAAGCAUUAGGCCAUGUAAAUUCAGGACGUCUUCCAGGACCAUUAUUCCAAUGCUAACUGGCAAAGGGAAUGAAGCAAUAUAUGAUUCACUUGUAGAGUACAGUACAAAAGGGUCGACUGUGGAGAAGACAAAUAAUAAGGCAGGUCGAGGAAUUGGUGUGGAUGAUGCAAAUGUGGCUACUUAUUUAUUCAGCCCUUCACCAGUUUCUAGAACAUGGAAUCGAAAGAAGGGUCGUAAGGAUAAAGGGAAGACAGAAAUUGCAUCGGAUGUUUGCCUUACUUUGGAGAAAGCAAAUGAUCGCAAAAGUAAGAAUGCUGAGAUCCCUGCAUUGAAGACACCAGAUGCCCCUCUUCCAGAGAAUCUUAAUACCAAAAGGAAGGCUAUUUCCAUGUCAAGAAGCAACAAGUUUAGAGACAACUUGAACACAUUUGAAGGUACUAGUCCUGUCAAAUCAAAGUGUAAAAAGCUGAAGGAAGAGACGGAUAUUUUUAUUGAGCAGCAGAGAUCCUAUUUCAAAGAAGUUGAUGAGUUUGAAUUGACAGUUGAAGAGGCGUCUGAUGGGGAUUCUGAUUAG